UCUGGAUAAAGUGACUGAUUUAUAUUGCAAUAUGUCAAACGCAUCCCUCCGGGCCAUCAUGCGGACUUUCGUUAUGAACCGGAGAUUUUAUAUCGCUGAAUAUAUUAACCAACAAUCCAGUUCGCAGAGUGCUCAGGACGCAAAUGGCGGCAAAGCGACGGCUCCUGCAGCCGAAAUGGAAAGAAGUUUGGCGCCUGGUUUGACCGAGACAAACGAGAGCAGUCCGGAUUCUGAAGAAUCAGUAAUUUCGCUGUCUAGAUCGGAGGAGACAAACGAGAGCAGUCCGGAUUCUGAAGAAUCAGUGAUUCCGCCGCCAUCUUCCUCUAUAACCGGAAUUGAAAAUUGUACGAGGAAUCAAAGGUUUCGUGAAAUCAAUCACGGAAAACAGUAACUAAAAUACUUACCAAGGAAACAGUUUACCAAGGAAACACAAAUACGAAAUCGAGACAAUGAUCAAAAACGACAAGCUGAAUGUGAUAUGUUCGAGGUUUCCCGAAUAUUUCCGGAGCCCAAACUCAACGAUUCCUGUGGAGAAUCUGGAUAAAGUGACUGAUUUAUAUUGCAAUAUGUCAAACGCAUCCCUCCGGGCCAUCAUGCGGACUUUCGUUAUGAACCGGAGAUUUUAUAUCGCUGAAUAUAUUAACCAACAAUCCAGUUCGCAGAGUGCUCAGGACGCAAAUGGCGGCAAAGCGACGGCUCCUGCAGCCGAAAUGGAAAGAAGUUUGGCGCCUGGUUUGACCGAGACAAACGAGAGCAGUCCGGAUUCUGAAGAAUCAGUGAUUCCGCCGCCAUCUUCCUCUAUAACCGGAAUUGAAAAUUGUACGAGGAAUCAAAGGUUUCGUGAAAUCAAUCACGGAAAACAGUAACUAAAAUACUUACCAAGGAAACAGUUUACCAAGGAAACACAAAUACGAAAUCGAGACAAUGAUCAAAAACGACAAGCUGAAUGUGAUAUGUUCGAGGUUUCCCGAAUAUUUCCGGAGCCCAAACUCAACGAUUCCUGUGGAGAAUCUGGAUAAAGUGACUGAUUUAUAUUGCAAUAUGUCAAACGCAUCCCUCCGGGCCAUCAUGCGGACUUUCGUUAUGAACCGGAGAUUUUAUAUCGCUGAAUAUAUUAACCAACAAUCCAGUUCGCAGAGUGCUCAGGACGCAAAUGGCGGCAAAGCGACGGCUCCUGCAGCCGAAAUGGAAAGAAGUUUGGCGCCUGGUUUGACCGAGACAAACGAGAGCAGUCCGGAUUCUGAAGAAUCAGUAAUUUCGCUGUCUAGAUCGGAGGAGACAAACGAGAGCAGUCCGGAUUCUGAAGAAUCAGUGAUUCCGCCGCCAUCUUCCUCUAUAACCGGAAUUGAAAAUUGUACGAGGAAUCAAAGGUUUCGUGAAAUCAAUCACGCGAAACCGAAGGGUGGAAAAGAUGUUUUCCAAGAAAAUUACAUGCUGCUGCAUUUAACCCAAAAUACACUGAACUCCUCAAGGCUAUCAAUGCUGACGAACGGUGUUAUGCAGCCAUUUGUGAAGCGGGACGAUUUGAAAAGCCCCAAAAAGUCAGUCUGGAACUGAUAAAGCCGAUUG